AUGGCCAAGGACGACGAGAAGAAGCCCACGGCCGCCGACAAGGGCAAGGGCAAGGCGCCCGCUGCCAAUGAUGCAGAUACGGCAAAGGAUGCAAAGCCAGAUGUCGAGGACAAGAAGGCCGGCGUCGCAACCACUGGCGAGGAGCUCAGUGAGGAGGACCAGCAGCUCAAGAGCGAUCUUGACAUGCUGGCAGAGCGGAUACUGGGUCCCGAUACCAGCCUCUAUAAGCCGGCCCUCGAGCAGGUCAAGGAGUUCAUCAAGACAUCGACGAGCUCAAUGACUGCCGUGCCCAAGCCUCUCAAAUUCCUCCGGCCACACUACGAGAACCUAGAGAAGGCCUACGCAUCAUGGCCCGGCGGCGAGAACAAGGUAUGCAAACACGGUGCUGCAGGACAGACGAUUUAG